AUGGGAAAACAAUACAUUUCUACCGUUUCGGCGGCCCUAGCGCAUAAGCUGGAUAUUCUGGCAGUGGAAAUCACCAACAAAUACACCAUUUCUGUCUCCUGCGACGGAGACGUGGCGUUCUGGGACAACAAGAAAGACGACGUUCACACGCCGCUGGAACAUGUUGUGUACAAGCAUAUCGACAAAAUCGGCAUCCACCACGUGGCUGUGUACGAAACCGUGCCUGCUGGGCUGACGACGCGUGUCACAGUGCUUGCGUUUGCAUGUUUCGACGGUGCUGUCCGCAUCUUCUACUACACCAACGACGAUUUGGACACGUUCACGCAGCUUGAUCUCAGCGACUUCACGUCGCUCUGCUGGUGUCCAGCUUUUUACAAGGACCCGACUUCUGCCCAGGACUUCUUUGUGGUGACGAAGGCCGACGGCAGUGUGGCUGUGCAUCCGUUGAAUGUGCAAGAAUCCGAUGGAGCUGUGACAGUGGAAAUACGCCCGUUGGCCGGCUCUCUCCAUGCCAGCAACACCGCGACAUCGUUUCCGAACACCUUGGCUGUGUCUCUGUGUGACAGCUUGUGCGCUGUCGGCUACAUCUCCGGCGACGUCGUGGUUUAUAACUUGACAAGCCAAAAGGCUCUCUUCACCUUCCAUCUGACAGACCUCCAGCACAAGGGUAAAGGGUCGACUGCGAUCCCCCGUGCGCUAGCGUUUUCGCCAGGUGGCACUCUUCUCGCCGUUUCUCGUGACAACCAGCUGGCAGGCUCCAUUACUCUUUACGACGUCAAGUAUGGUGAGAACGUGGGCUCUCUCACAGGUCCCAGCCAUCUGUCCAAGGCGACGGUGGGAGGCUUUGCGCAUGGAGGCUGGGUUACGGGACUCAGUUUCAAUGGCGAUGGCUCCUUGUUGGCUAGUUGCGGGUUCGACCGCUGCGUUCGAGUGUGGAACAUAGAGCUGCGUGAGCGAGAAGCGACGGUGCAACUCAGCGUCUCGGACUUGGACUUUGAGCCCGAGGAUAGCGACGACUCCGUGUGUUCUGGUGUGGCCUUCAUCAAAAAGGGAGUACGUGGAGGAGCAGGAGGUGAUGCAAAUGAGGGCCUUUGUGUUGUGAGUUUCGACAGGGGAAUCAGAUGGUAUCGUGAAGCAGGAGGCAUAUAA